AUGCAGUACAUAGAAGCAGCGAGUAAUUUUAUCGUGGAACUAUCAGGACGUACGCAAGCCAAAGUAAACAACGAAGCCUUGAUUACAGAGCAAUCGGUGACAGUGUGCAAGGACUACCUUAACUAUAGACUGUCGUCAACAAAGCUUAUAAACAAAAAUGGCUCCACUUUAAAUUUGGAAGAUUUCAAUGACAUUUCAAUUUAUCUGAUAAUGACAGCGGGACAGUUAGAAGUUAUGCACCCUAAUGUUUACAAAGACGUAUGUCGCCGGCUUCACGUUACUCAAUUCACUGACAAUGCUAUAGGCGAGGUCUUUCAAGAAGUGGCCAAUGAAAUAUUCAAAUCUGGUGUAACAUGGGCAAAGAUAGUGUCAUUAUUCGCCUUUUCUGGAGCUUUUGCUCUUGAUUGU